AUAGAUACGAUUGAGUGGCAACUGUGGUUACCGAAAAGCUAAGCUACUUCUGUCUUUGUCGUAUGAGUGACGAGGAAACCAAUUCUAUACUCGCAACGAUAUCUUCACUACCUCCACGCGUUACGAAUUGACAUACCCUUCUAUCCACCCAUCCGGCUGAAUCGCAUUACUUCAAUCAAUCAACUACAGACAUUCACCAUGAUGUUCGCUCCCCUCCCAAUGCAACAACAACCAGGGUCAUCACCACCACCACCUCAACAGCAGCACCAACAAUACACACCUACCCGACCAUCUCCCCUCUCACCACGCCGCCUCACAAACACCCCCUCAGCAGCACCCAACAUCUUCGCCGCCACCUCCAACAACACCCAAUUCAACAUCCCCUCCAGCCCCUUCACACUUCCAACACCCACGAAACUCCCCUCCAUAUCGGCAUCAGCACCACCAUCCCCGACGCCACCACAGCAACAACAACAACAAUCACACCACCAAUUCGCAAGAAGACAAAGAAACAUCCAAUCUUCCCCCAACUAUGCCCACCGCUACGCCAACACCAUCUCCAACCCCAUGACCAAGCACUUAAAAUCAAGCGCGUCUCCCUCGGCACGCCGGAAUGUGUUUCUAAAUCGCGUGAAGCGGGAUCGAGAUGAUGGGCGGUUUGGGGAUCGCGGCGAGCAGUUGGUGCUUAUGGAGCAUGUGGCGGAGGAGAAGAGGUGGGGGGAGGUGAUGAGGCGGAGGGCGGAGGAGAUGAUGGGUGUUGUAGAGGAAGAAGAGGAAGAGGGGUAUGCCAAUGGAUAUGAUGAUGUAGACGCAUAUGCUCUAGACGAGUACUUGCAAGAACAAGCGGCCGAAAUGGAACGGUUGGAGUACUUGAACCAGCAGCCACAGCCACAGCAGCAGCAGCACGGAGUGUUUGAUUCGGGUGGUCCUGCUGGUAGAGGUAAUGGUGGGAUGAACACCUCAUUCAGCGAUGAAGAGGAAUACGAUGAUCUGUUUAUGGAUCUAGCGGGGCAUGAUGGUGGUCCCGGUAUCUCUGGGUCAAGUGGGGGAUUUGCUCAUAGUCAGGAUAUGGAUAUGUCGUGAUUGUUGCCUUAUCUGUGCGUGUGUCUUGGUUGUGGAUAUGGGAGUGUCUUGUCGCGGGUCGAUGGGACUUUUGUCACUACUAGUAUCACGUUAGUUGUUACGGACAGGGCAAAAGCAUGGUCUGGUCUGGUUUGAUAUGGUCUGGCGUUGAAUGAGGUACAUGGAUUGGGUCUAUAAUGAUAUAGGGUACUACUACCUACCCACCC